AUGGCAUUCAGGAGGCAAGUGAAAAACUUUGUGAAAAAUUACUCAGAUGCUGAAAUAAAAGUCAGGGAAGCAACUUCUAAUGACCCUUGGGGUCCUUCCAGUUCUCUAAUGUUAGAUAUCAGCGACCUGACUUUCAACACAAUUUCUCUCUCUGAAAUUAUGAACAUGCUAUGGCAGAGACUCAACGACCAUGGGAAGAACUGGCGCCAUGUGUAUAAAUCUCUUACCCUAAUGGAUUAUCUCAUGAAGAAUGGAUCAGAGAAAGUUAUUCAGCAUUGCAGAGAGGGGUACCGUAACCUUCAAACGUUAAAAGAUUUUCAGCACAUAGAUGAAGCUGGAAAAGAUCAAGGUUAUUAUAUCCGGGAAAAGUCAAAACAAGUUAUAACGUUGCUGAUGGACGAACAGUUGCUGCAUAGAGAGAGGGAAGUAGCGUGUCGGACUAGACGGCGUACCUCCUACUCUAUGACAUUUCCUAAAAGAUUACCUGGUACAGGUAACUCACCAACAGCGUGUGCUUCUGCCCCUACACCAGAAAUUCCUGUUUCAGAGAAGAAGAAAAAGCUUCUUAAGGUUGCACGGCUACAUAAUAAAAAAAACACUUCCAAGGCAGGACAGAAACAAGAGCAGUGUCAAGACAUUGAGGUGCCCAGUGGAACUGUCCUGUCCCAGGAAACACUACCCGUCGAGAUUAAUGCUUGGAAAUUGACAGAGGACCUGAUGUUAUUUUGUGAGGAUGAUCCAAAGCCAGUUUUGCCGAUAAUUCCUACUUCCAUUAUCUCAUCAACAGCAUGGUUGUCAGAAGGGCAAACAGAUGUCUAUAAUCUCUUGGAUACAGAUGCUGUGCCUGUUCCCUCAGAAAAAAGCCCAUCUCUGCAGACAAAUGAGAAUCUGGACAAGAACGUGGACAGUACCAUUACAAAGACCAUCACAGGAAGCCCUUUGCAAAUGCCUUUAGAAAAGCAGCCAGCUGCAAAGAGCUGUGACACACUGGCGACUUUACCAGCACAUUGGCCGUCUAGUCAAGAAGAGUUCACAGGCCCUUAUUUAAGGACAUCAAAGUCGGAUUCUACUUUCCGAAACCAGGCCUCCGUGGAGACACUGUAUGUAUCUCCCUCAUUCACAACAUUUGACCCAAUGAAAGAGACUGUAAUCAGUAAGGGUCAUCAGGAAGCAACACGGUCCGGCCUGGUUCCGAUGGAGGAUGAAAACCUCCAGACCUUAGCCACAUGGGUUUCAACUGCCUCUGAGGGAACAUUCUCCUUUUCUACUUUAUCUGUGUCAUCCCCUGAUUCAGCCUCUCCAGAGAAGUCUGUUCAUCCCUUACCCCCAGUUCGGGCCGGACCUUCCUUUUGGACUUUGUCCCGUCAACAGUCUUCUUCUGCCUCUGUUAAAAAUACAGAUAAGACAGCCAGGAUCCAUCACCCUUUCGCUCCUAGGAGUCCAUUGUUCCCCGAUGAAAAAGCAAAUGACCACCUCAACCUCCUGGAAAUUCUUCCAGACAACUCUGGUUCUGCCAAAGAGAAGACGAGUUCAAUUUCUAGCAGUGACUGGGUAGCGUUUUCCACUCAGAAUGUAGACCAUUUCACCUCGGUGUCCUGUUCUAGUUCUCAGGCAACCAAAGGCCUGUCCAGGGAGCCUGAAGCAGACAAUUCCACUAACGUUCUUCUAGGGGAGGUGAAAACUGCCAUAGUCACACUGCACGAAGACCUGAGCAUGGUGAUACGGGAGCUCAACGUCAUCAGCAGCCGUCUGGUGAGCAUGAGCGGGCCCAGUCCCCAAGUAAGCAGGUCUCUGCAGCUCCCCCAGUGUUCUGAGGCGGGCUCCGAUCAAGUCGAAUGA